AUGACGCUCACAGACAUCUCAAGGCAAGGAAAAGAGGAGGAAACUAUCCCAAAUUGUCACAGGAAACAACUACAUCAUGUAAAAAAACCCUGCAAAGAAAAUGAAGGGAAGCCCAAGUGCAGCCUGGCAAAGAGAGAGGAAAAACAUCCCUAUGGAAAAUUUGAAUGCCAGCAAAGUGAAGGGAAUUGUAGGCAAAGGCUGCUUCAGUCUCUCGAGGAAUUUAAAGAGGAAAAAGAUGACAGGCAUUUUAAUAAUGAAGAAAUGACAAGAGAGGGAGAUGAGAUGGAAAGGUGUUUGGAAGAGAUAAACGGUCUGAGAAAGAAGUUUAGGGCUCUGCAUUCUAACAAAAGGCAUUCUGGGGACUGUCCUUAUCCCAUUUAA